AUGGCAUCUCCAAGCGUCGAUCCUACUUACGGUACCUCGGCUGCAGCGGAUGGACCAUCUUCCAUCGCGUUUGCUGAUACGUCGUCAAGGACAAGACCUGUACACGUAGGACGGGAGAGGGUGACUCCAGUACAGCUCGACCAAUUCUUCGGCAACAAGCUUGUCGAUACUCGCCAUCCGAAUGUGUGGAAGCUGCCAGACCAAACCAUAGUCGCGUCUUCAUCCUGGUUCGACGAAUCCUACCUGACCUUCGCUGGCUUCGGGCCCGGAAGUUCGAAACCCAUCUGGAAAGACGGCUUCAAGGUGAUCAAGUCAAACGCAGAGAUCGAGGCAAUCUGGCAGAAUCGAUGGAGGCUGUUCAGAGCUAGGGUCACUGCAUACAAAGUGACGUUCGAAGAGCCAGGCCAGGGCCCGGCGGGAGAAGUCCUGAUUCGCUUCUUCACCAACGACAUCCGUCAUCCCGACUUCGAUGUCCCCGAAAAUUCGAUAGCCGUCUUCCAGUCCGGCGGCGGCGGCAGAGCGCUCGCCUUCCUGGGCCUCUACCACUGCCCCAAAACGAUGUUCGACAAGAUGUACGCCCUCCCAACAACGCAACCUUUCAAAGUACUUGUCUCAAAUGAAAAUAGGGGCAUUAUUUUGGUCCCCCAGCCUCGCACUGCUUAG